AUGGAGACGGCUGUGGAGAAGGCGAAGGAGAUGCGGCGUCGAGGGAAAGACAUCCGGCACAGGCAGGGCAAGAUGUGGCUUGUGGAAGCGCAGGCCUGUAAGGCACUGGCGAAUGUCUUCCAGACAUUUGAACGUCUUGUAGAAGCCGUGCGGGCAGCCAACGAGGCGGUCCAGCUUGCCAAGAAGGCGACUUACAAGCCGAUCAUCGUUGAGAUGAUGCUUUUGGCUGUGAAGGUGAACAGCUCGCUGGUCUUGCAGGAUGGCGCGCAGGUGUCCAUGCGAGGUGCUGAGAAGGCAGUGCGUCCUGCCAGAGAGGCAGUGACAGUCGCGAAAGCAACUGGAAAGCGAUCCCUCGUAAGCACGUGCCUGUAUCAACUGGCGGAAGUGCAGCUGAUGUCCUACCAACUUGGCCCAGCCAUGAGCUCCGCCAAGGAGGCCUUGGACAAGUUUCGCGAAGCGGGGGACAAAACUGGAGAAGCUGGUGCCGUGAUCCUCAUUGGAGAGACUCACUAUGCUGGGGGCAAGCACGACAAGGCAGAGGAGACGGUGAAGGAGGGCAUUGAUUUGGCAACUGAGUGUGGUGACCAGAGGAAAGAGUCAUACGGCAGGGCCCUGCUUCAGCAGAUCCAGGAUAGUCGGCGAGCACAGCAGGAAGCAGCGAUGGCUGCUCGACCGGCCAUGGUCUGGGAUGCCCAGCCAAGGGGCGACCAAGGGGCGAAAGUUGGCGAAAGGGACUUCUCUUCCAGCUUCCGGUGA